UACGCGCUGUGAAUCAGGAAGUAUUUGAAUUCAAGAGAAACGAAACUUAUUUCUCCUCUAGUUCACAAGUGAUUCAACCUCUAAUAGAUCCACACCGCUGUUCUUUGGGAUAAACUGUAAAAGAAAUCAUAUUUGAGCUGUAUUUCUGUCGAGCCCUUCUAACAGGACAGAGACUGAGAAUCUGUUCAUCUUUGAACACCACAAAGAAAUGGCAGAGUCUGCAGUGAGUCAGUAUGUGGAUCAGUUCAGCUGUCCAGUCUGUUUGGAUCCUCUGAAGGAGCCGGUGACGAUUCCCUGUGGACACAGUUACUGUAUGAGCUGUAUUACUGACUGCUGGGGCCAGAAGGAGCAGGGGCCGCCGUACCGCUGUCCCCAAUGCAGAGAGAGCUUCAGUCAGAGACCUCUACUGAAGAAGAACACUCUGAUAGCUGAGAUGAUGGAGACACUGCAGAAGACGUCCCUACAAACGGCUGCUGUGGAGUGUGAUGUUUGCACUACAGAGAAGAACAGAGCUGUAAAGUCCUGUCUGCAGUGCUUGGCCUCCUUCUGUCAAACUCACCUGCAGCUUCACUAUGAAUCUCCUGCGUUUAUGAAGCACAAACUAGUCGAAGCUUCCAGAAACAUUCAGGAGAACAUCUGCCUCAGUCAUGGGAAACUUCUGGAGAUUUACUGUCAGGAUGAUCAUCAAUGCAUUUGUUAUUUGUGUAUGUUUGACAAUCAUAACGGACAUCGUUUGGUUUCUCUGGAAUCUGAAUGGACAAAUCAAAAGAAAGAGUUAAAGGAGGUAAAGGUGGCAUGUCAGAAGCUGAUCCAGGAGCGAGAGAGAGGUCAGCAGGAACUCAGAGAAGCUGUGAAGUCUUUUAAAAGUUCAGCUCUAGAGACCAUGGAGGACAUUGAGAAGGUCUUCACUGAGCUCAUCUGCUCUCUUGAGAAGAAACGCUCUGAGAUUAAAGAGCAGAUCAGAGCUCAGGAGAAGACUGAGAUAGAUCGAGCAGAGGAACUUCACAAACAUCUGGAUCAAGAGCUGACAGAACUCAGAAAAAGACAAGCAGAGAUUGAGAAACUUCUGAUUACUGAUGAUCAGAUCCAGUGUCUGAAGAGCUGUCUGUCUGUGUGUGUUUUACCUUCAUUUGAAGACGUUCCCAGCUUCACUCAACACACUCAUCUGUCUUUUAAAGACAUUUCAAUCUCAGCGUUUAAGGAGGUUUUGGAGGACGUCUAUCAACAGCAAACAGCCAGAAUAUCACGAGAAGUGUCAAAUGUCCAUGUUUCAGAGUCUCCAGAACCUGAAGCUCCAAAUGAAUUUUUGCUCUAUUUCUGUCAGCUGCAACUGGAUUCAAACACUGCACAAGAAAACCUCAUCCUGUCAGAAGAAAACAGAAAAGCAUCAUAUUCAAUUGAAGUCCAGCAAUAUCCUGAUCACCCAGAGCGAUUUGAUGGAUAUUGCCACAUCUUGUGUAAAGAGGGUUUGUACAGUCGCUGUUAUUGGGAGGUCGAGUGCAGUGGGAACGACUGGUCUGUAGCAGUUUGUUACAAAGGAAUUGGACGUAAAGGAAACAGUGAUGAUUGCAGACUGGGGUUUAAUAACAAGUCCUGGAGAUUGACCCACUGUCAACAGAAUUUCUAUUUCAGGCAUGAUGAAUCACAGGUCCCAAUCCCUGCUUUCCGCUCCUCUAGAAUAGGAGUGUAUCUGGAUCACAGAGCAGGAACUCUGUCCUUCUACAGCGUCUCUGACACAAUGACUCUCCUUCACAGAGUCCAGACCACUUUCACUGAACCCUUAUACCCUGCUUUUGGGGUUAGUUAUGGUUCAUCUGUCAGGAUCACAGAGAAGAGGAGAAUUUAGAUCAGUAAUGAAAGACUCACAAGAUGUCCUAAGCUGUUUAGAGAAAAGAAGUUUUAUUUAGGCUAUAUAGAGCCUUUCCGCUUUACAUUGUAAACAACACAUAAGUCCACAUACUGCCACAUUAUCCAAAAUACAUAUUAAGCACAGUUUACAGUUAAAGAUAUAGAUAUACUCAAAGCAUUUAUGGAUUUCUGCAUCAAGUCUGCACAUUCCUGUCAACUCUUCUCUAUCCAGUACUGCCAAAGAAAACCAGACAAUUGCAGUUCAUCGUUAAGCCACAAGGUGUCUGCUUUAGCUUGCAAAGUCCUCCCGUUUUCAAUUUUGUGUAAAUUAAUUUGCAAUGUAAAACCUACUGGCAUUUACAAUUAACCAAUUCUAAUAGUCAUGAUUAGAUAUUAGAAAAUGUUCUAUACAAUAUUAAAGUCAAAGCAAUACAAUUUACGGACUUCUGUCAAAAAAAGUGGCUUUCAGAGCUGUUAAAGUGCUCACAUUAUUGCAUUAAAUUAAACAUGUUUAACAGCGUUAAUAAAUGUACCUAAUUUGACUUUUUUUUUUUUUUUUGAGUGAUUUCUAAAGGGUGUUGCAUUUUUCAUGAAUUUUGAUUAAUUUUGGGGGAUUUUUGUUCAAGUGAGACAAAUAAAAUAUAUAAUCUAUAUGUAUAGCUAAAUGUUUGUACUUCAUUAGAUGUUUAAAGAAAAUAUGUUGUGGUUGUGUGUGUGUGUGUGUGUGUGUGUGUGUGUGAAAAUAUCUUUUUCAUUCUGCUAAAUUGGCAAAUGAUCUGCCAUAUAAUUAAAUCACAAUCUUACCAAUCAACCAUGUUCAGCAGCACAAAUAUGGAGCUUGCCUGGAUGUCAUUUUGUGGCAAUUUUCUGUUCACUAUAUACUAUACAUCAAAGAAAUGUGUAUAAAUGGACAUGCACAUGUGAAUUUUCUGUUUACAUUUAACAUUGCUACAAAAAUAAAAACUAUAUAGGGUCUAAAUGCAAAUGUUCAAAA